CUUUUGCCAAGGAUAAAUGGGAAAUAUCAACGACUUGAAACAUAAAUGGCCAAGGGGGUAAGUAAUUUUCUUGUUUCUCACUUGGAGUUCGGUUUUUCGUGUUUGUUUCGUUUUUCAGGAUCGACUAGCAUCACCUAAAUUGAUUUAGAGAAACGAAGAGGAGAGAACACGGGAAAGACGACCAAGAAACCGAAAUACUGUUUGAUUCGCAAAAGAUGAAAAAGGAAGAUGCAAAGGCAACAUAUAAGAAGAGAACCAAAGGCGCGAUUAAUUCGAGGAGAGGAGAACAGAAUACUGAUUGCGAGGAUCAAUGAUGGGAUAUCAUUCUUGAUUUAUGGAAUAGUUUGACGAUGUCCUUGAGACUUGCUUUCGCAAUCUGGGAAAUACGCUGCAACUAAGAAGAAAUGGUGUUUGCGCUAUAUCCUGUGGAUAAGAUCAGAUAAAUGGAUUCUUAAGUUACCACUGCAACUGACCUCUUUUUUUUAAUGAAUGUUGUUUCAAAACACUAUCUAGGCAUUUAAACCAGUUUCUAGUUUGCUCGGUAUUUCAUUCUUAGCCGCUGUGCGAAGGCGAAAGGAUGGGACAUAAUUUAUCCGGGACGAUUCGAUCAUUUCUUCUUAUUUUGGCGCUGUCUACGUGCUGUCUCACGGCUGCUCCACCUGAUCUGCAAGAAAGAGUUGAACUACUUGAGAAAAACUAUGUCAAAAUUAAAGAACAUUUGGAAGCCAAAAUUAUUGAUUUGGAGACGAAAGUCGGUCAACUGGAAGCCAAAAUUGAAAAACAGGAUUCACGUUUGCCUGUUCUGGAAAAGGGACAUCACCCUUUGAAAGAUAAUGUCGCCAUCAAUCGACCUCGUCGUCAGCUCGCAACUAGUAUAAAACCUUUUGAAGAUAAUGUCAAUCAACAUCGUCGUCCGAACGCAACUCUUCGUACUUGCCAUGAAAUCAACGUCGCCAAUCCGACGUACCCCUCCGGUAUGUACUGGAUCGAUCCAGACGGACUAGGCAUCGGUGAUCCACCAAUCCAUGUCCAUUGCGACAUGGAGGCAGCCGAGGCGGCUGGAGAUUACUGGAAGUGGAAUCCUGUCAAAGGCACAACAUUCAUUUUACAUGACAGCGAGUCGAAAAUGGACAUUGGAAAUUGCAGAGAACCUGGAUGUUACUCGAGGCAAAUCAAAUAUUACGCAAGCGAUAGACAAAUGGAAGCGUUACAGCAAUUGUCCGAAAACUGCGCACAAAGCAUUCGGUACCGUUGCAGAAAAUCUCCGUUGUACUUCAACGGGACCGCCUAUGCUUGGUGGAUCGGCAAAGACGGCGAAAGGAUCGGGUUGUACCAUUGGAUGACGGGGUGCGACCUUGAUGACAAAGAACGUCAAAUGCGCGGUGCCAUCUCAAGCGAACGUCUGCCUGUUACGCGCCUCCGUUUUAGCAAUCCGUUUAAGGGCUAUGGUGAAUACAAAGUGAGUAGGCUACGAUGUCAGGGAAAGGCAAAAACGGAGGCAAUGCCGAGAUCGUGCAAAGAUUUGUGGCGGAUGGGACACACUCUCAACGGAAUCUACUCAAUCAGGGGAGCUAAACGAAUAAGAAUUGUUCUCUGCCAAUUUGAUAAACGACCUGAUGAACAAGAUUUCCAGAAGAGGAUCGGAUAUCAAGACAUAAAAACAAAGCCAAUAUACUUCUACGUACAGAAAGACAAGAAUUUUUCGGAAAGAAACAUUCCACUUCCGUUUGAGAUUACCAUAGUCAACAUGGGAGGGGCCAUGGAUUUGCCAAGCGGCGUAUUCACAGCACCCGUCAACGGAACUUACUUCUUUUCUUUUGCUGGACUCGCACAAUUUCCGAUGCUUACAGGUCCAGAUCCAGUUCCAGUGCAAAGGGAACUAGGCGCGAAUCUUUAUAAAAAUGGUGAAAGAAUAGCAAUCAGUCAGGUUAAUAUAGGCUACCUCGUAUAUCCGGAUAACCGAAGUCCAAUCACCCUUCAAAGUACUGUAUCUUUGCAAGCCGGAGACAAAGUAUGGAUCCAGAUAUAUAUUGGGAUCAGUGGGGGGUUUCUAUACGACGACAGCGAUGUGGAAGUGAACCAGGGUUCGCACACGCAUUUUAACGGGUGGCUUUUAGAAGAAGAAAUCUAAGCAACGCAAAUGUUUUCUACACCCCAGUGUGCCAGCGAACACUGACCACAACCAAAAGGCACCAACGAGCAUAAAACGUCCUUCAAUCCAAUUAUCAGUGUAGGUUCAUAUCCGUGUAGGGACAGUAGAAGACUAUUGUCAACAUGUUAGUGAUCAAGAUAAUAAAAAAGUUCAACAAGAAUGUGCUCACACCGAGUAAAUUCUUCAGUGAGAAAAUAUAACAAAAUAGCCAAAACUAAAUUUCAAGAAGUGCAGGCGAAUCCGAAGACCAGAAAACAAGUCCGCGGUAAUUCGAUCAAGUUCCAGAACUAGGAAAGUGUCGGCGGAUUAUUAGCAUCUGUUUGCGAAGAAAUACGGAAUCUACCUGGCUCCUGAUUUUAAACGCCAGUCGUCGCAAUGGAUGGAGGUAGAAUUAUUCCAAGAUCAAGUUCUUCUAUAUGGAGUUGUUUGAGGUUUACUGAUCUUGAAGAAUAAUGAAGUGAAUUAAGAUCGAACGGAAUUGAUAUCCUAGCAAAUACGUGAGAAGAGAAAGAGAGUGAGAAAAUAAAUUUACGUAAUAUGGCAUCCCCAAAACUAGAUGAUAUCAUUUUCAACGUCAUCAUGCCGUCUGCAUCUUUUGGUUCUAUGUUGUGGUAAGCCCAGUGAUAAGGUGCAGCGAUCAUGUGUGAAAGGACUCGUGAGAGACGAUCCUGUCGUUCUUGACAAGGUUUCAUUUUGCCUGGAGUUACAACUUUUAGUUGGUUUGUUUAUGUUUAGUUGCCCAUCUGUGCUAAAGUUUUCCUAUGAGCAGCAUUCCAACAAUUUACAGUCUCGUACUAAGUGAUCAUAUUGAACCUCUGAGAGUUCUUUGGUGGCAAAAUGCAACAGUCAUUUCAGAAAACUGAUGAAUCAAUCCUAUGUUACAUUAGAUGGUUGGCUGGAGGCUUUGGAGAGCUUCUACAGUGCAGAUGCACUUGCUGACCAACAGUGUGUAUUUACCUGUACACCAUUCUCACUGGUGUCUAGGUCUGCCUAGUUCAACAGACCAUGGAAGCUUGGAAUAUUGGACAGCUUAUUCUGCAGUAUCCAUGCUACUUGAGGUUGCACAAUGUGAAAGGUAUACCUGUUAACUAAGAAAAAUCUGUACUCCUACUUCAUCAACUAUUGCUUAAUCCCAAAACUUUAAUUUUCAGUGAACUUGAAAGAAAUCAAGUUGUUUCUAUAAUGCUUAUCAUUUUCAGCUUGAAGUGAACAGGAAAUCUUUUGCUGUUUUGGCUUAGUUUGCAAUCAAGGAAUAAGAAAUUUCCCCGUAGCAAUUGGAUUGUUGAUUGUGGAUUGUAACUCUGUUUAUAGAAGAAGAACUUAUCAUAAAACUUAAAUUUGCUUUGACAUCCGAAUUUCAGUAAUUGACGAAAAAUUUCACCGAGCACAACGUCUCCUCGACUUUGGAUUUUAAACUUUAUUGGUGUCGAGCAUUCGUUCGAUAAUAGUCGUGUACAAAAGAAAAAUAGGCUUAUUCACGUUAAAAAAAGUGCUUAAAACUUUGCGUUAGGAGCCAAGCAGACCCUGGGCUCGCAGACAAUAACGUACGAGUCGGUGCAUGGAUAGUCGACCCACUGAUAACGGCCAAGUUCUGUCUGGUACUCAAUGGCCAGGCACAAGUUGGUCGCCGAGUUGCUGGGAGCUCCUGCUUUGAAUUCAACAGCUGCCAGAUUCAGCUCGUAGCCGGUGGAUCGAACAACCCAGAGA